AUGAGUGUCAGUGGAGGCCAUAAACGGCGUUCACGUAGCUCUUUUGUAUCAGUUCGCUAUAUACCAACCGAUGAAGAAGAAGAACUUCAUCGUCAAACUGAGGCACAAAAUUUACGAGUCUCCUUACAUCAAAUUAAAAAUAUUGAAACAAUUCUUAAUUUAGAGUUUUAUAUUGGACGUUAUAUGAGAAAUACAUUGAUUAAUCUUGAUAUUAAUGAACAAAUGACACAAGCAGCGGAAGCACUUAAUAUUAAAUUAAACGAUAUUGAAGAACUCGAAGAUGAUGCUGCAUUAGGCAAUGGUGGUCUUGGUCGUUUAGCAGCUUGUUUUCUUGAUUCAAUGGCUACAUUGGGUAUUCCAUCCUAUGGAUAUGGACUAAGAUAUCAAUUUGGAAUUUUUAAACAACAAAUUGUAGACGGUUGGCAAGUAGAAGUACCAGAUGAUUGGCUUCGACAACCCAUGCCUUGGGAAAUUCGACGAGUUAAAAAUGAAAUUCGUAUUCAUUUUUAUGGAAAAGUUAUUUGGAAUAAAUCCAUUAAUAGUUUUCAAUGGACUGACUAUGAAACAGUAAUUGCUCAAGCUUAUGAUUAUCCUGUACCUGGUUAUAAAAACAACAUUGUCAAUACGAUGCGUCUAUUUUCUGCUAAAGCUGAUUGUGAUUUUAAUUUUAAAUCAUUCAAUGAAGGUGAAUAUAUACAUGCAGUAAUGGAACGUAAUAAAGCUGAACGUAUUACUUGUGUAUUGUAUCCUAAUGAUAAUAUUGCUGAAGGACGUGAAUUACGUUUAAAACAAGAAUAUUUCUUAAUUGCAGCUAGUUUACAUGAUAUUUUACGUCGAUUUAAAGGUGAAAAACGUUGGCAAAUAUCAUCAAAUAAAGAAAAAAAAAGUAAUAUUUUACAAUUACCAGGAGCUAAGUCAAAUCAAAACCCAGUGUCAUCUGUGUCUAUUGAUUUUAAAUGUAUGCCCGACAUGGUAUCUAUUCAAUUAAAUGAUACUCAUCCAUCAUUAGCUAUACCUGAAAUGAUGCGUCUUCUUCUUGAUAGUGAACAUUUAUCAUGGGAUGAUGCAUGGUAUAUAACAGUCAAUUGUUUUGCAUAUACAAAUCACACAUUAAUGCCUGAAGCAAUCGAGCGAUGGCCAGUUCAAAUGAUUGAAAAACUUCUUCCACGUCAUUUACAAAUAAUCUAUGAAAUAAAUGAACGACAUUUAAAAAAUGUACGAGAUCAUUUUUCAUUUGAUGAAGAUCGUAUUCGACGAAUGUCUAUUAUUGAAGAAGGACCAAUACAAUUAAUAAAUAUGGCUUAUUUAUCAAUAAUUGGCUCACAUACUAUCAAUGGUGUUGCACAACUUCAUUCGAAACUUUUACGUGAAUCUAUGUUUAAAGAUUUUUAUGAAUUAACACCAGAAAAAUUUCAAAAUAAAACAAAUGGUGUUACGUUUCGUCGAUGGCUUGCUCUUUGUAAUCCUGAUCUAUUUUCAUUAAUUGUUGAAUGUAUAGGUGAACAAUUUGUUCGCAAUGAUUAUCAAUCACUUCAUCUUUUUCGUCAGUAUGCUUUAAAUAAAAAUAUUCUUUCACGUGUUCAACAAAUUAAAAUUAAAAAUAAAUUACGAUUAGCUCAUAUGCUUGAAGAUGAAUAUAAUAUUGAAGUUAAUAUUGAAUCAAUAUUUGAUGUACAAAUCAAACGAAUUCAUGAAUAUAAAAGAGCACUACUUUGUUUACUUCAUGCUAUCACACUUUACAAUCGACUUAAAAAAGAUCGAGGAGAAAAUAAACAAGAUCCAUUUGUACCACGAACUAUUAUUAUUGGUGGCAAAGCUGCACCUGGUUAUGCAAUUGCUAAAAAAAUUAUCAAGUUGAUUAAUGAUGUUGCAUUAGUAAUCAAUAAUGAUACACAUAUUGGCAAUCGAUUAAAAUUAUUAUUUGUAAAAAAUUAUCGAGUAACAGCAGCUGAAUAUAUUAUUCCAGCUGCUGAUCUUUCAGAACAAAUAUCAUUAGCAGGAACAGAAGCGAGUGGCACAGGCAAUAUGAAAUUUAUGCUCAAUGGUGCAUUAACUAUAGGAACAUUAGAUGGAGCAAAUAUUGAAAUGCGUGAAGAAUGUGGAGCGGAAAAUAUGUAUACAUUCGGAUUGACUGUUGAAGAAGUACAACAACGACGACAACAAGGUUAUGAUCCAUAUGAAAAUUUGAAAAAUGAAGAAUUACGUCUUGCUAUUGAUCAAAUACGUGAUGGAUAUUUUUCACCUGAUGAUCGAUCACGUUUUCAUGAUAUUAUUGGUACAUUAUUAAUUGGUGGAGAUCAUUGGAUGGUGUUAGCUGAUUAUCAAGCUUAUAUUGAUAAACAAUGUGAAGUAUCACGAGAUUUUCUUAAUCCUCAAAUAUGGUAUUCAAAGUGUAUUCAUAAUAUUGCAGCAGCUGCUAAAUUUUCAUCAGAUCGAACGAUUGAAGAAUAUGCAAAAGAUAUUUGGCAUUGUACAAUGCAUAAAAAUGGAAGACCAGAUCAUAUCAAAGAAGAAUGUUCGACAACGAAGCAUGAAGAACUUUUACGUCAUACAAGCAGUGAUUCACUUACUUGA